GUUGUGCGUCACAGAGGCGGAUUCAGCGCUCGACGAACGUCACGGGGAUUUCGGAUUCGAGAUACGCAGUUCGGAGAAGUGGCGCGGCUUAUUUAGCUUGAGAUCUGCCUGCAUGCUCUCAGUGGCAACUCAGGUGUGAGUCGCGAUGGAUCCGUACAGCAAUAGGGGCCCGCAUUCGCAAGUGGAAUUGACUGUGUCGGCCAGGAACUUGGUUGAUCAAGAUGUGGUAUCUGCCUCUGAUCCUUUCUGCGUUUUGUCAAUGAGGAAGGUAGGAUCAGCACCGUACACAGAAGUGGGAAGAACCGAGACCCUGAAAAAUAAUCGAAAUCCUUCCUGGUCCAAGAAAUUCAUAUUGGAUUAUUUCUUUGAAGAAAGAUGUGAGUUGAAGUUUGAAAUAUAUGAUCGAGACAGCUCAAGUGAUGUACUUCGCAAACAUGACUUUGUUGGUGUGAUGGAAUGCAGCCUUGGAGAGAUUGUGGCAUGCGGAGGGAGACAAUUCACGAGAAGGCUCGCGAAGGCAGUGGGAUCCCCAACGCUUUCGAUUGUUGCUGAAGAGGUUUCAUCAUGCAAGGAAGAGGCUCAGAUGCAGUUCUCUGGCACAAAGCUUGAUAAAAAGGACACAUUUGGGAAGAGUGACCCCUUCCUCAUCUUCUCCAAGUCAAAUUCAGAUGGGAGUUUCAGUGUGGUGCACAGGACAGAGGUCAUGUCCAACACCCUUAACCCAAAGUGGAGGCCCUUUUCCCUUCCUGUUCAGAAGCUGUGCAAUGGAGACCACAACCGGACCAUCAAGGUGGAAUGCUUCGACUGGGACCGGGACGGUACACAUGAUCUCAUCGGGGAGACUACCACCACCCUCAAGCAACUGGCAGAAGGACCCAACAGCAGCAAAAAUCGCUAUGAACUCAUCAACCCUCGCAAGAGAAGCAAGAAGAAAUAUAAGAACUCGGGCAUUCUUGUGUUGAAUCUGUUCAAAUUGGAAGUGAAGCCUAGUUUCCUGGAUUAUGUGAAGGGUGGGACUCAGAUUCACUUCACAGUGGCGAUAGACUUCACUGCAUCCAAUGGACACCCUCAGGACCCAAGAUCCCUGCAUUACCGAAAUCCAAACGGGCUGAACCCCUACGCAAUGGCCAUCCGGGCUGUUGGAGACAUCAUCCAGGACUAUGACAGUGAUAAGCAGUUUCCAGCACUGGGUUUCGGUGCCCAAAUCCCUCCCAUGAAUCAAGUCUCUCACGAAUUCUACCUCAAUGGUCAUCCUGAGAACCCAUACUGUUCUGGAAUUGAUGGUGUCCUCCAGGCCUACUACAGUGCUCUCUACAGAGUGACCCUGCACGGACCAACAUAUUUUGCCCCCGUGAUCCGACACGUGUCUCGAUUCGCUGCGGCCAGUACGGGCCAGGACUACUUCAUCCUUCUCAUCAUCACGGAUGGCAUCAUCUGUGAUAUGGAUGCGACGAAGGAAGCACUGGUGCGUGCGUCUACCCUCCCGAUGUCGGUCAUCAUCGUGGGCGUCGGGAACGAGAACUUCGCCGAGAUGGAGAGGUUGGAUGCCGACGAUCGGGGUCUCGUGGCCAACGGCGUUCCGGCGCAGCGGGACAUCGUCCAGUUUGUCGCUCUGAACAAGUACAUAGACCAGCGGAUGAACCGAGCUCAGUCGUACAACCAGUCGGCCUUAGCGAGAGACGUCCUAGCCGAAGUCCCCAACCAGCUCCUCUCAUACAUGAAGAUGAAAGGCAUUCCUCCUCCCGAUCCUUCCUCCUCACCAAUGAACCGGUACAUGGGGCUGGACAUGGAGCAACAGAGGGUGAAUCUUGCAGCCGAUGUCUUGCGGGAGAUCCCGAAUCAGCUCACCGGUCACAUGGGAUUGAAUCCUCCCUCUUUGGGCCACCCUCUUCAAUCAGAUGCUCCAUUGCAUCCAGGCUCAUCAGCCUCUAUGUAUUCCCCCCAUCACUCUUCCCCUUCUCCAGGUUAUCCCCCCCAUUCCUCUUCUCCUAUUCCAGGUUACCCUCCCAAUCCCUCAUUAGCUACUCCUGGCUAUCCACCAAAUCCUUCAUCUUCUGCCCCUGGAUAUACAAUCAAUCCUCAGCCUGCUGCUCCAGGGUAUUCACCCAAUCCCUCAUCAUAUGCCCCUGGGUAUCUUCCCCAAGCAACACCUGCACCAUCUGGCUAUGUUCCACAACCAUCACAUGUAUACCCCCCACAUCCAGAUAACCCUUCAGGUCUGUCAUGUCCUGCAUCUGGGUUCCUCCCAUCUGCUCCAGCAUCCUCUUUCAACCAGCAAUCUCCAGUUCCCAGCUACCCAUCCAAUCCCGCAUAUGUGCCAAACCCGAUCCAGCCGGGGUAUCCACCUGGAUCGAGCAAUUCCAGUUACCCGAGUAAUCCAUUGACUUCAGGUCACAUGGGCUACCCAUCCAACCAUGGAUCCCCAUAUUCUCACUGAAUGUUCCAUGAUUUUGACUUCUUUUGUGAUAUGUGUAUUUGAAACCCUCUCUGAGUGUGGAUCUGAAAGGUGCUCCUAAGUUUCAGCUCUUUGCCAAAAUGUUGAAACUUUAUCUUUGUUUUAUUGAUCAAAAUAUUUAUUUUAUCCCCUGUUUUUUUCUUUUAUUUUUUUUACUGGGC